AUGGGCUUUCUGAGCAGGAUUUUCAUGGCGAAGGAUUGUGAAAGGGGGAGAGAGGAUGAGCACAUUGCCACCAGGCAGCUCUGUGAGAUAGAAAUAGAAGUGCUCCUGGCAGCUCUGCCUCCAUGGCCUCCCUUCCCCAAGCAAGACUUCUCCAGAAAGGAGUCAGCUGGAGGGUCCUUCAGUCAAGCCCUCAGCUCGGCCCUCAACUAUCCGCAGAGGGAGGCAGAAGAGUCCAUCGCAAGCCUCCUGUACCAUGGCGACUACAACGUCCUCUGGGAGUCUCCUCAAAGGCUGCUGGGGCUGCAGCAGGACCAGACUUGGGUGGAGCCUCAGGUUGCUCCGCUCACGCGACGAGGAAGCGUGUGUCUGGAUGACUUCCGGGAGUACCUGGCGAGCAUGAGCGAGCUAGUCAGCAGGUUCGAGUCGAUGCACCCGAUGGGUAUAUCAGAGGGUACGGUGGGGAGCGAGGACGAGCGCGGGACAGCGAACACCUGGAGCGGCCAGCAUGCUGUAGCCAAAGAGGAGCUGCAGAAGGUUCCAUCGUUCUACUUCGAGAAGGACUUCCACCUGGAGCACAACGACACGUUCCAGCGGACGGGGGCAGGAGGGGACGCGGACGAGUGCGCGGCUCUACAAGAGGAGCUGAGCAACCACCUGGAUGUAGUGGAGCAGAAUCUGAUGCGAGAGAUUCAAGCGCGAUCCAGCGCCUUCUACUCCGCGCUCAACACGCUGCAGGACCUCUAUGCCGAGGUGGAUAAGACCAUGGAGACGAUCUUGGAAUUCCGGAGGACCAUGCAGGCGCUAGACAAGCGGCUCGUCGGGCAUGCGCUCCGUAUUGCGCAGCUGCGCAGGCACAGGAAGAACGUGGAAGAACUUCACCGCAAGCUGACCAUCCUCGCUGACGUCAAGCAGACGCAGCAGAAUCUGCAGAUGCGGAGGGCAAGUGACGAAGUGCAGGUCCUCCUCUCCUGCUCUGACUUCGUGUCGGCUCUCGACCUCAUCUGCGACGCGAAGCUCCUGAUCAGCACGGAACUAGCUGGUGUGACGGCGGUGAGGGACACAAGCGCCCAGCUCGUGGAGAUGGAGGUGGUUGUUCAGAACAUGAUGUGCUCCGAGCUGGCAGCGCUGGCGAUGGGGAGGGAUGGGUUGGUUGCAGACUCUAGCCAGGCCUGCGGGGAGCUGAGCGUCGUAAAGGUGUCCUCGUAUGAGGAGGGAGGAGGAGGAGAGGAGGAGAUGGAUCCGGCUUCACUCAGCAACGUGGAGGACCGUCUGCUCGCCAUCUCCCUCGCGCUUGUGAGGGUUGGGAAGCUGCAGGACGCGCUGGAAGAGUACAAGGAGGCAGCGGUGAAGGAGGUGCUGGCUGGAAUCAAGGGAGUUCUCCGGAGGGAGAUGCCGGCAGGGGACGACGAUGAGCCGGGAGGGGGAGGGAGAGGAGGAGGGGGAGGGGGGGGAGCGGCGCAGAAGGCCCCUCUCGCGGAACGGCUGCGUGCUUUGCACCCUGACACCUUUCUCACAUUGAUGAAGCGCAUGUACAAGGUGCUUCACCUGAUUCUCAGCCGCUGCUCCAAUGUCCAGGGCCUCCUGUCGGCCGUGAUCCGAGCGCAGGAGGAGGACGGGAGGAGCUCCAAGAUCACAGAGGGCCCAACGAGCCCGGAGGCCUGCGGGAAGCUGCUGGUGGCCUCUCAGUCCGUGCUAGACCACAUCUGCGACACUGGGCACCAGCGAUGCUGGCGGCUCAUCGCCGUGCGGGAGCAGCAGACAAUCCAUGGGAACCUGGCUCAGUUCUCCUCCCUGUUCGAUGCCACCGUCGAGUUCGUCUCCUCCACCGAGAGGCUCUGCGGCUCCAGCCACAAGAAGCACGUGCUGAGGGCAGGGCUGCAUGCGCAGGCAAAGAGCUUCCUGGAGGUUCUGCACGAAGCCAACACCGGCAAGCUCAACACGCUGCUGGACCAGGAGCGCUGGGUGCAGGUGGACGUACCGGUGGAGAUUCAGGCCAUGGUGUACGCGUGCACGAGGCCAGGAGGAGGGAGCUGGAAGGACGGAAUCAAGCUGGGGGUGCAGGUGAAGAGCGAGUCCGGGCCGGCGAAGCACAUCAGCCUGGACUGCGACAAGUUCUUUGCGGUCGGAGUGCUCACGGCGCUGAUCAAGAUGAUCGCCGACUACGUCUCCUGCGUCGCCCAGCUGCCGGCCCUCGGGCUCGACAUAGUCCAGCGCCUGCUGGACCUGCUGAAGCUCUACAACGUCCGUUCGUGUCAACUGGUGCUGGGGGCGCGGGCGAUGCAACUGGCGGGGCUGAAGACCAUCACGGCGAAGCACCUCGCGCUGUCCGCCCAGUGCGUCUCGUUCCUGGCCGCCCUCCUGCCCCAUCUCAAGGAGUCGCUGCUGGCAAUCCUCCCCGAGAGGCAGCACGUGCUGCUGGGGGAGCUGGACAAGAUCGGGAAGGACCUGACGGCGCACGAGGACGAGAUCUACGUCAAGCUGGUGUCCAUCAUGAAGGAAAGGCUCGACUUCCACUGCAGGAAUCUGAUGGAGGAGGCGUGGAACGACUCGGCCAACCAGGGGGCGAGCAGCUACAUGAAGGGGCUGGUGAAGGAGAUGCAGGCGCUCGUUCGCGUGCUCGUCAGCACACUGGACAAGAAGGUUGUGCAGCGGAUCAUGAAGCAGCUGCUGCAGACGACGUCGAAGCGGCUGGUCGAGCACUUCUCGAAGCUACCCCUCUCCACCUCCGUCAGCCAGCACAGGCUGGCAGGAGACGUUGCCUUCCUCAAGAGCAACCUCAAGGCCGUUGAAGGUGUCGUUAUCUUCGAUGCCGACCUCGAGGCUCUGACCUCCUUCUGCGAUGCCCUUCCUGCCUUCGCGUGA